AGGUGAUUCAGAUCAACUUUGAAGAGUUUGACCUGGAGAUAGCCUAUGACACACUGACAAUAGGAGAUGGAGGAGAAGUGGGAGAUCCUACAACCAUACUUCAGGUCUUAUCAGGCAGCUUUGUGCCUGACCUGAUUGUCAGCAUGACCCACCAGAUGUGGCUCCACCUCCAGUCCGAUGAGAGUGUUGGAUCUAUAGGAUUUAAGAUCAACUACAAAGAAAUAGACAAAGAGAGUUGCGGUGACCCUGGAACCCCUCUCUAUGGAGUAAGAGAGGGCGACAGCUUCUCAAACGGGGGAAUCCUGAGGUUUGAGUGCCAGUUUGGCUUUGAGCUGAUCGGAGAAAAAACCAUCUCCUGCCAAGAUAACAACCAGUGGUCUGCGAAUAUACCCAUAUGUAUAUUCCCCUGCAUGUCCAACUUCACAGCUCCCUCAGGAACCGUCCUCUCCCCAGAUUACCCUGAAGGCUACGGGAACAACAUGAAUUGCGUCUGGCUCAUCCAGUCUGAUCCAGGCUCGAGAAUCCACUUGGCAUUUAAUGAUUUCGACCUAGAGGCGCCAUAUGAUUCCCUGACUGUGAAAGAUGGCGAGACAAACGAUGCCCCUGUCAUCGGGAGGUUCUCCGGAGCCGAGAGUCCGUCCCACCUUACGUCUAACACCAACACUCUGAGGCUGGAGUUUCAGGCCGAUCACUCCAUGUCUGGGAGAGGAUUUAAUAUCACUUACAGCACAUUUGGCCAUAAUGAGUGUCCCGACCCUGGUAUUCCCAUCAAUGCUCGCCGCUUUGGAGACAGCUUCCAGCUUGGCAGCUCCAUCUCUGUGGUGUGUGAGGACGGUUUCAUUAAAACCCAGGGAACUGAGACCAUCUCCUGUCAGCUAGAACGGGGAAAAGUCAUGUGGAGUGGACCCAUUCCUAAAUGUGAAGCCCCAUGCGGCGGCCACUACUCCGCUCCAAGUGGAGUCAUUCUGUCUCCUGGGUGGCCCGGUUACUACAAAGACUCCCUCAGCUGCGAGUGGGUGAUUGAAGCUGAGCCAGGCCGUUCCAUCAAGAUCACAUUUGACAGGUUCCAGACAGAGUUGGGUUACGACUUCCUGGAGAUCCACGAUGGGCCGAACCUCAUAUCACCUCUGGUUGGCUCCUUUAACGGCACUCAGGUGCCCCAGUUCCUAUUUAGCAGCAGCAACUUCCUUUAUCUCCUGUUUACCACUGAUAACAGCCGCUCCAAUGUUGGCUUCAAAAUACUCUAUGAAAGUGUUACAGUGGACAGUUAUUCAUGCCUGGAUCCCGGUAUUCCUGUCAAUGGUAUUCGAUAUGGACAAGAUUUUUCUAUCGGAUCUACAGUUUCAUUUGGCUGUGAUUCGGGCUACAGACUGAGCCAUGAAGAGCCCCUGGUGUGUGAAAAGAACCACUGGUGGAGCCACUCCUUACCAACAUGUGAUGCUCUGUGCGGUGGGGAUGUCAGGGGUCCCUGGGGAACCAUCCUCAGUCCCGGCUUUCCAGACAGCUACCCUUCAUCUCUCAACUGUACCUGGACUGUUGAAGUCAGCCAUGGGAAAGGAGUCCAGUUUCAGUUCAACUCCUUUCAUCUGGAGGACCAACACGACUACCUCUUGGUAACCGAAAACGGGAGCUUCCUGCAACCUCUGGCUCGGCUGACCGGCAAUGAGUUGCCUAGCAACAUCAACGCCGGUCUCUAUGGCAACUUCAAAGCCCAACUACGAUUCAUCUCUGACUUUUCCAUCUCAUACGAGGGCUUCAACAUAACUUUCUCAGAAUAUACUCUGGAGCCAUGUGAGGACCCUGGGAUGCCCAGGUUUGGCCGGAGAAAUGGCUACAGUUUUGGGGUUGGAGAUACUUUGUCCUUUUCUUGCAACUUAGGAUACCGCCUGGAGGGUACACCAGAGUUGAUCUGUCUAGGGGGAGGUCGUAGAAUGUGGAGCGCUCCUUUACCAAGAUGUGUUGCUGAGUGUGGUUCUUCAGUCAUAAAUAAUGAAGGCAUACUCUUGUCUCCAAACUACCCAAUGAACUACGAUAACAACCAUGAGUGCAUCUACAGCAUUCAGGUGCAAGCUGGAAAAGGCAUCAACAUCUCAGCUAGAACAUUUCAUCUUGCCCAGGGCGAUAUUCUAAAGAUUUACGAUGGCAAAGAUAACACAGCUCAAGUCCUUGGUGCAUUCACUGGCACGUCCAUGUUAGGCCUCACUCUUAUUUCCACAUCAAACCAUCUCUGGCUGGAGUUCUACAGCGAUCCUGAAGACACCGGAGAAGGAUUCAAAUUGGUGUACUCAAGUUUUGAGCUGUCUCACUGUGAGGACCCAGGCGUGCCUCAGUUUGGAUUCAAAGUCAAUGACCAAGGCCAUUUUUCUGGGAGCAGCAUUACAUACAGAUGUGAACCUGGUUACACUCUGCACGGAGCCUCAACACUUAAGUGUAUGACAGGUGAAAGGAGAGCCUGGGAUAACCCCCUGCCCUCUUGUAUAGCUGAGUGCGGUGGUCGUUUUAAGGGGGAAUCCUCGGGGAGGAUUCUUUCACCUGGAUACCCUUUUCCUUAUGACAACAACCUUCGUUGCACCUGGACCAUUGAGGUGGAUUCUGGUAAUAUUGUGAGUCUACAGUUCCUGGCCUUUGACACGGAGGCAAGCCAUGACAUGCUGAAAGUUUGGGACGGACCACCUGAGAAUGAAAUGUCGCUGGCAGAGCUGAGUGGAUCUUUGCUUCCUGAGGGAAUCCAUUCCACACUCAACACAGUCACAGUCCAAUUUGAGACAGACUUUUACAUCAGCAAGUCAGGGUUUGCCAUAGAAUUUUCAAGCUCAGUAGCCACAGCCUGCAGGGACCCAGGUGUACCGAUGAACGGCACGCGCAGCGGGGACGGCCGUGAGCCGGGGGAUUCGGUGUCCUUUCAGUGCGACCCUGGAUACGAGCUCCAGGGGGACGACAAAAUAACCUGCAUACAAGUGGAUAACAGAUACUACUGGCAGCCCAGCCCGCCUGUCUGCAUAGCACCUUGUGGAGGAAAUCUUACUGGUUCCAAUGGCUUUAUACUCUCUCCUAACUACCCACAUCCCUACCCUCACUCGAAGGAUUGUGACUGGCUCAUUGCUGUCAACUCGGACUAUGUUCUGUCGCUGGCCUUCAUCAGUUUCAACAUUGAGCCCAACUACGACUUCCUGUACAUCUACGAUGGCCCGGACAGCAACAGUCCUCUCAUCGGGAGCUUCCAGGACAGCAAACUUCCAGAGCGCAUAGAGAGCAGCUCCAACACCAUGCUUUUAGCCUUCCGCAGCGAUGGCUCUGUUUCAUACACUGGCUUUCACCUGGAGUACAAAGCCAAACUUAGGGAAUCCUGUUUCGACCCAGGAGUGGUUCUGAAUGGGACCAGGUUGGGGUCCGAUUACAAGCUGGGCUCUACAGUCACCUUUUACUGUGAAGCAGGAUACGUUCUGCAGGGCUAUUCGACUCUAACCUGCAGUAUGGGAGAUGAUGGCAGACCUGGAUGGAACAGAGCUCUGCCUAGUUGUCAAGCUCCAUGUGGAAGUCGCUCUACAGGGUCGGAAGGGACUGUCUUAUCGCCAAACUUCCCCAGAAACUACACUUCCGGACAAACCUGCGUCUAUUCCAUAUCUGUGCCAAGAGAGUUUGUCCUCUUCGGUCAGUUUGUGUUGUUCCAGACAUCGCUAAAUGAUGUCGUGGAGAUUUACGAUGGACCCACCCAACAGAACACACUUCUCUCCUCUCUUUCCGGUUCCCACUCUGGUGAAUCUCUGCCUCUAAGUUCAGGAAACCAGAUAGCAGUAAAGUUUACCACAGUUGGACCAGAAACAGCCAAGGGAUUCCAUUUUGUCUAUCAAGCUGUACCAAGGACCAGCUCCACUCAGUGCAGCUCAGUCCCGGAGCCACGCUUCGGGAAGCGUCUCGGUAAUGACUUUGCAGUCGGUUCCUUGGUGCAAUUCGAGUGCAACCCUGGCUACGUGCUUCACGGCUCCACUGCCAUUCGCUGCGAGAGCAUACCGGACAACCUGGCUCAGUGGAAUGACACUCUGCCAACCUGCAUAGUUCCCUGUGGAGGCGUAUUGACCUCUCGGCGAGGGACCAUCCUGUCUCCAGGCUACCCAGAACCUUAUGAUAACAACCAGAACUGUGUGUGGAAGGUGUCCGUUCCAGAAGGGGCCGGAAUACAGAUACAAGUUGUGAGUUUUGCAACUGAACACAACUGGGACUCACUAGACUUUUACGACGGUGCUGAUAAUCAUGCACCAAGGCUUGGCAGCUACUCUGGCACAACUAUCCCCCCUCUCCUGAAUAGCACAUCUAACAACCUCUAUCUCAGCUUUAGUUCCGAUAUUAGCGUCUCAGCUGCUGGAUUUCACCUGGAAUAUACAGCCAUCGGUUUGGAAUCAUGUCCAGAGCCCCUCACUCCAAACUACGGAAUCCGUCAAGGAGACAGAUUCAUGGUCGGGGAUGUUGUACAGUUUUCAUGUGAACAAGGAUACUCUCUUCAGGGAAAUGCACAUAUCACCUGUAUGCCUGGACCUGUUAGAAGAUGGAACUACCCUGUACCGCUGUGUAUCGCUCAAUGUGGCGGCUCGAUGAAGGAUGUCAGUGGGGUGAUUCUAAGUCCGGGUUAUCCCGGCAACUAUCCCAGCGGAUUGGACUGCACAUGGAAUGUUAACCUACCUGUUGGCUUUGGCAUUCAUCUCCAGUUUUUAAACUUCUCCACCGAAGCGAUCCACGAUUACCUAGAGAUCCGUAGUGGAACGCUGGAAACGGGUUCUGUGAUUGAUAAGUUCAGCGGUCCAGUCAUUCCUAAACCGCUUUUCAGCACCACCCACCAAACCAGCUUUUUUUUCCACAGCGACUAUUCGCAAAACAAACCGGGGUUCCACAUCACAUAUCAAGCCUACCAGCUUCAGAGCUGUCCUGACCCACGGCCGUUUCGAAACGGCAUUGUAAUCGGCACAGAUUUCAGCGUAGGCAUGACAGUGUCUUUUGAAUGCCUGCCUGGAUAUUCUCUGAUCGGAGAAGCCUCGCUAACGUGUUUACACGGAAUAAGCAGGAACUGGAACCACCCUUUACCACAGUGUAAAGCCAGGUGUGGUGGUAACAUUACCUCAUUAAAUGGUACCAUCUACUCUCCUGAUCACCCCGAAGAAUACCCAAACUUCCAGGACUGUGUGUGGAGUGUCCGAGUUCCUCCUGGACAUGGAAUUUACAUCAACUUCACUGUUCUGAGCACAGAACCCAUAUAUGACUACAUCACUGUCUGGGAUGGUCCAGAUCAAUCAUCCCCUCAGAUAGGCCAGUUCAGCGGGAACACAGCCUUGGAGUCCGUCUAUUCAACUUCCAACAUCAUCCUCAUUAAAUUCCACUCUGACUUCUCUGGGUCAGGCUUCUUCGUCUUAAGUUACCAUGCCUACCAAUUAAGGGUAUGCCAGCCUCCCCCAGAAGUACCCAAUGCUGACAUGCUGAUGGAGGAUGGCGAGCUGGAGAUAGGUGACAUCAUCAGAUAUCGAUGCCAUCCCGGCUUCUCAUUGGUCGGCAACGAAAUUAUAACCUGUCGCUUGGGAGAGAGAUUGCAGAUGGACGCCCCUCCUCCUACAUGCCAAGUUCAAUGCCCCGCGCAUGACGUGAGAUACGACUCAUCGGGCGUCAUCCUGAGCCCAGGCUGGCCAGAGAGCUACCCGAACCUCCAGAUGUGUUCGUGGAGCAUCAACCUUGAAAAGGGAUACAAUGUCACCAUAACCUUUGAGAGUUUCCAGACAGAGAGAGAAUUCGAUGUACUAGAGAUUUUUGAUGGCCCCACACCCAACAGUCCAACUCUGGCAACGCUGAGUGGUGACCUGCCAACACCCUUUAACAUCACAACCUCCGGUCAUCAGUUUCUGGUCCGCUGGUCAUCGGAUCACGGCACCAACAAGAAAGGCUUCAAAAUUCGCUAUGUUGGUGAGUACCAAACCCUGUACUGCUCCACACCAGACUCCCCCCUCCAUGGCUCCAUAUCCUCUCAGACUGGCGGUCAUGUGAACAGCGUGGUGCGCUGGGCUUGCGACCGAGGUUACCGCCUCAUAGGCAAUGGCACGGCGACCUGCCGUCGCACAUCGCAGGGCUACCAUGGCUGGGACUCUCCUGUGCCUGCCUGUCAAGCUGUGUCCUGCGGGCCACCCAAGGCUCCAAUAAAUGGUGGGGUGCUAACUGCUGACUACUCCGUGGGAACAAGAGUUUCCUACUUCUGCAAUGACGGAUACAGACUCUCCAGUAAGGAACUGACAUCAGCCAUCUGUCAGCCUGACGGAACAUGGAGCAACCACAACAAGAUACCAAGAUGCUCUGUUGUAGUGUGUCCCAGCAUCGGGUCGUUUUCCCUGGAGCAUGGCCGCUGGAGGAUUGUCAACGGCUCGCACUAUGAGUUCAGAACACGCAUUGUCUUCACCUGUGAUCCAGGGUACUACAGAUUAGGCCCUGCCCACAUCCAGUGUUUAGCCAAUGGGUUGUGGAGCUGGAAGAACGAGAGGCCGCACUGCCAGAUUAUCUCAUGCGGCGACCUGCCCUCUCCUCCAAAUGGGAAGAAGAUUGGUACUCAGACGACAUUUGGCGCCACGGCCAUCUUUACAUGCGAUGCUGGCUUCAUGCUGGUGGGGUCAGCUGUCAGAGAGUGCCUGUCAUCAGGGCUCUGGAGUGGAACAGAAACGAGGUGUUUAGCUGGUCACUGUGGAAUCCCAGAGGGAAUCGUGAACGGCCAGGUCAUUGGGGAGAACUUUGGGUACCGUGACACGGUUGUGUAUCAGUGUCUGCCUGGCUACCGCCUCAUAGGCUCAUCGGUUCGAAUCUGCCACCAAGACAACCAGUGGUCUGGACAGCUUCCCAUCUGCAUAUCGAUCAGCUGCGGCCAUCCAGGGAGUCCCAUCUACGGCCGCACAGUGGGAAACGGCUUCAACCUCAACGAUGUGGUCAGCUUUGUUUGUAAUCGGGGCUACGAAAUGGAGGGGCCUGCCCGUGCUCAGUGCCAGGCCAAUCGCCAGUGGAGCCACCCGCCCCCAACGUGUAAAGGUGGGGAGAAAAUGGUCAACUGCUCCGAUCCCGGCAUCCCGGCCAACUCAAUUCGGCAGAGUAAAAUAGAGCACGGCAACUUCACUUUCGGCACCGUGGUGUUCUACGACUGUAACCCAGGAUAUUACCUGUUCGGAUCCCCGGUGCUGACUUGUCAACCCACCGGCCAGUGGGACAAACCUCUUCCUGAAUGCAUAGUUGUAGACUGUGGUCAUCCAGGCUCUCCCCCCAACGGCGUGCUGACUGGAGAGAAGUUUACAUUUGGUUCGACGGUGCGAUACUCCUGUCUGGGUGGGAGGCAGCUUAAAGGAGAGUCUUCUCGGAUGUGUCAGCUCAAUGGGAUGUGGAGCGCCCCCAUGCCCUUCUGCUCGGGUGACAUUGCUGGUUCUUGUGGGGACCCUGGCAUUCCCUCCCACGGUUCGAGGGAACAGACGGAUUUCAGGAUCCGCUCCAAGGUCUACUUCACCUGCUCCGAAGGCUAUGAGCUCAUUGGUUCUUCAGACAGAAUGUGCUUCCCCAACGGGACCUGGUCCGGCACGCAGCCUUUUUGUAAACCUGUUCAGUGUGGAAAUCCUGGCACUCCAAGUAAUGGCAGGGUAUUUCGUCUUGAUGGAACAACGUUCUCUCACUCUGUCAUCUACUCCUGCAUAGACGGUUACUUGCUCACUGGCGCCACCACCAGGCUGUGCCAGGCCAAUGGGACCUGGUCAGGGGCACAGCCAAACUGCACUAUGAUAAACUGCGGGGAUCCCGGCAUGCCGGCUAACGGCCUUCGCUACGGGGAGGAUUUCACUAUCGGGCAGAACAUUUCCUUUCUGUGCCAACCGGGAUACAGAAUGGAGGAGGACGGCUCACCUGUGAGGAUGUGCACCCAGAAUGGGACGUGGAGCGGAAACAUGCCCAUAUGUACAGCGGUGACCUGUCCGGCUCCCCCUGCCAUCAGCAAUGGGGUCUUGCAGGGCAGUGACUUUGAAUGGGGAAGCAGUGUGAGCUACAGUUGCUCACCAGGGUAUGAACUCUCCUUCCCAGCCAUCCUGACCUGCGUGGCCAAUGGCACCUGGAGCGGCAUGCUCCCACAGUGCCUACCCAAGUUCUGUGGCGACCCAGGUACUCCAGUCGGCGGUUUCAGAGAGGGUCGGAGUUUCAUUUAUCAAUCCGAAGUGUCCUUCAGCUGUUCUCCACCUCUGAUACUUGUCGGCACAACAACCAGACUUUGCGAGAAUGACGGCACCUGGAGUGGUACUCAACCACGCUGCAUCGAGCCGACCAAAACCAGCUGCGAUAACCCAGGAACGCCUCGUUACGGCUCCUUAAAUCGGACCUAUGGCUUUAAGGUGGGGAGCGUGGUGUCAUUUCAGUGCCAGUCGGGUCAUUUGCUUCAGGGAUCUUCAUCCAGAACCUGCCAACCCGAUUUGACUUGGACUGGGACACAGCCCGAGUGCAUACCCCACGCAUGUAAGCAACCGGAGAGCCCGCUGCACGUGGACGUGGUGGGGAUGGAUCUGCCCGGAUUUGGCUACACCUUGGUCUACAGCUGUCAACGCGGCUACUUCCUGGCGGGGGGCUCCGAGCACCGGGUCUGCAAGAACGAUGGCACGUGGACGGGAAAGAUGCCAAUAUGUAGAGCUGGAGAGAAGAAGAAACCUGUGAAACCUGUGCCAGGGACACCCAGCCCAAAACUUAAUGUUCCGGAUGAUGUUUUUGCUCCUAACUACAUAUGGAAGGGUUCCUAUAAUUACCGCGGUAGGAAGCAACCGAUGACGCUGAGCAUCACCAGCUUCAACUCCACGACCGGGAGAGUAAACGUGACGCUCAGCAAUGGCAACCUGGAACUGCUCCUGUCAGGCGUGUAUAAGGCUUCGGAGGCCAGACUGUUGCUUCUGAUGUAUCAGGUGAACCAUGUGAACCAAGGAAGCCAACAGAAAGAUUCGGCCAUCUCUCCAGCCAAGAUCAUGGAGGACUCCUGGACUAUGGACGGAUUUGUAUCAGCAGAGCCUGAUGGAUCUACUUAUGUAUUCCAGGGUUUCAUUCAGGGAAAAGACUAUGGACAGUUCGGACUGCAAAGACUGGGUCUGAACAUGUCAGAGAGUCAAAACUCGACACCUCCACAGCUUGGUACCAACAGCAGUUCUGUGGCCAUCGCUAUUCUGGUGCCUUUCUUCGCUCUGAUCUUUACUGGCUUUGGAUUCUAUCUCUACAAGCAGAGAACUACACCAAAAACACAGUACACAGGCUGCUCGGUUCACGAAAACAACAAUGGCCAGGCUGCCUUCGAGAACCCCAUGUACAACACCAAUGCCAAAGCUGUCGAGGGAAAGGCCGUCAGAUUCGAUCCCAAUCUAAAUACUGUCUGCACCAUGGUCUGAGGAACGAUUGUCCUCAGUCAAACGUAUUGACUCACAUCUCCUAUGGGACCACAAUUGGUGCAAAGAAAGUGGAAAGGGCAGACUUUACCAAGGCCAAGCAGCAUGGUGUGUACACCAGCCAAACAAGCAACCAACCCUUUCUGUUUGGAAAUCCAGUCCCGACCCACUAGCAGAGAAACAACUCUCCAGAUGAAACCAAAAGCCAACGCUGGUUUGCCUCAGCUAUCAGCACUUAGUGAGACAAAAAGCUGUAAGGUGACAAAAAAAAGCUCCAUUUCUAUCCCCAACUCUGAGCAAGUCAUGGUAACUUUCUGAUCUGAUUCUAAACCAGACACAAACACCAAACAUUUUAGCUAGUAUUUAACCUCAAUCACUGUUUGUAAGACCAACACCUAUGGGUAAGCCAUGACCUGCUGUUCGGACCUCGUAUGUCAUCACAGUUUUCGACGGAGGCAAAGUUUUAGAGACCAGAGAAGAAGAUCUGCUCCGGCUAUGAUCACACAUCAGAAACUUAGGAGAACCUGCGACAUUAUAUCAAAGAUGUCAUUAAGGACACUGUGAAAUUAUACCGACAGUUAAAACAACUUUGUCACCGGCAGAAUAUUGCUGAAACCUUCUGACUGGUUAUGAAGACAAAACUUGUUUCUAAAACGACCACGGAACUACAACAACCUCACAACCACAUGGAACCCUCUCCCGUCUCCGUGACAAGCUGAGACUGGUGAAACUGGUCUCUAUUUUUUUUUCUUCUUCUUCUUCUUACAUGGAGCCUAAGAAGGCUAAUGCUUCUAGACAGAAGCAAAAGUUGCUUUGAAACGAGACUAACCGCUAAGCAAGGGAUGAUGAUAGGGAUAGGGCAUCCCUGGAGAUGGAGCUGUAAUCCUGACUGAGCUGGGAUUAGAGCAAAGCGAAACUUACAAGGAGUCUAAAGUGGAGCUAGCACUAACAGGAGAGAUGAGAGACUGACUCAUCUAAUGGAUAAACUGCCUCUAACGCGAUGAAGACAGCCUCUAACUGAGCUGGAAGCAGAGUGAGUAAGUCAUUAACAACAACAAAAAAAAAAAAGGACGAGAUCUUACAAUCCUAACACAACCAAUCAGAGCUUGUCUGACCUGAAGUAAUCGACUGAAAGUGAUCGGUCCUCCUCCUUUAUACAAGAUGAAUCAGAUCAGGUCAAACGGGACAUAGCCUCCAGGAGAAUAUAUUCCUGAACCUGAGAAUUUUGCCAGCAGGUUGUGAUCAGAAAGAGGCCAAACGAAAGCGGAGGACUCCGGCGGACCACAAGGGUAGAAAAAAAAAAUGACUUGGAAACAGAGAAAGCUCCAGCACUAAAGCACAUUUCGCAGGGACACUACCUGUCUACGCAACGAGAGAUGGACUAACACAGGGACAGAAAGGUCCUGUUUUGUUUUUUUUAUUUCAAUCUAUCUUUACUCCAAGAUAUAAGCAGGAGGCUUUCGGGCAGACAGACACGCAGAAACAGGCUGUUAGACAGGAGUCAUAAAUGAAUAGACAGGUUUAGAAAGACAGGGUCUUUCGCCCUGCGUCUGUGGACAUCGUCCACGUGAUCCUGCACUCUGAGAGUGCUUACCUUCUUUGUUUGUUACAGCUGCAGAAUCUUCUGAUCUGUAAAUCUAUUGCAUAUAUAUUCGGGGAGCAUUCACCACCUAUAUUUUUGUGCUAUAUAUUUACCACAAAGGGAGGGUAAAUGGUGUGUGUGGGGGAGGGAGGGGGCAGAUUCUAACAGAGUUUUUAGAAAAAGAAGAAUUAUCAGAGUAAAAGACAUCAGAGCUAUCUGCUUUUCACAUGCAACCCACAGAGUUUCCACUGCAAAAUCUAGUUUAUUUGAAAUUCAUUUAUGGCAUGGAGUUCCCCGUCACCAUCGCUGUCUUUCUCACUGAGGCGUGGUGUUGUUGCCAUUAUCACAAUGCAAGGUUUACCAGCAACAAUCAUACCUUAAACUCAAUGGCAGAUGUUUUAAAACCCAGAAUUGGAGAUACUUUUGCACUUUGGUGGCUUUAAAUGAUCGUCUGGGGGUAUAAAACAGGCGUUUCUUGCUUAACAGUGACAUUUGCGCCGGAAAGCACUCAGCUAUGUGAUCAGCAUAUAAUGCUGCGAAAAAAUACUUGCCCACUCUCAGAUCUCUUCUGUUUUGUAUUGUGGUGUUGCACAGCAUUUUGAUAUUAGACAAGCAUAACCUAAGUAAUUAAUAAAAGCAGUUUUCAAAUGAUUUCUUGAUUAAGGAGAAAAAAAAAACUUCUCCAAAGUUGCCUGUCUCUGUGUUAAAGAUAAUUGCCCCCUCAAUCUGAAAACUGGCUGCCCAUCAAUCAUUUGCAAAAGUUGGCAAUGAGGAUUUUCUUUUACUUCGCUUUUGGCGAAUUUUGGGCCACUUUUCUUUGCAGAAUUGUUUAAUGCAGCCAUUAAAGGAUUCUUUAAUCUUAGUUACAUUUUUUUUUUUAGCUUUUCUGACUCAGCCAUUCACAUUGGACUGUUUUCCCACUACAAACCUGACUGCUUGGACAUCAAGGUCACUGUUCUUAUACCAGCUAAUGUUUGUAUUGCAGCACAGCUAGAUGCUUCAAGCAUUUAGAAAAGUAAGUUAUAAAGUCUGCUUACUUACUGCUGCAAAAGUCAUAGCCUUCAAAAUACAUAAUUGUCUUAUUUGUUCUUGUCUUGAGAUCAAGGCAUGAUGGCUAGCGUUUCUUUUAGCUUCUUUUUAAGUGAGGUCUGGAUUUUACCGGACUGGUAGUAAUCAGACCUGCAUUGGCUUGUAAAAACUGACUAAAAAAUAAAUAAAUAAACUCAACCACGGUUAAUUCCUAGUUUAACAAGUGGGGCAAUUACUUUUUAAUGUAAAGGGGCUCAGAUCGCUUUUUCUCAUUCUUAAGAAAAGAAAUCAUUUCAAACGGCUAUUUUUAUUGCCUAUAGUUUCCUUUGUCUAUUAUUAAAAUAUGUUAGAGUUAGAGUUGCAAAAAAAAAGCAAAGAUUAAAUUUGAAAUGGGGCAGAAAUUCAAAACACUGUGAAAACCACAGAAAUCAAACAACCUCUUAGAUGUUAGUGAAAAUUAGACAUUUCCAUUUUCAAUUGGGCAGAAGAAUUAGUGACGAUUGUCGGUUACCUGUAUUAUGUGUACUUUGGGUAUGAUGGCUCAAGAAAGCUUGUGUUGUACGCUGACAUUGCUCUGUUCCUGUUUGUUUGUGUCAAAUCCUGAGGAGUCGACAUAGAACCUGCAGAGUCAGUGAAAGCAUGUGAGAGGCGAUGUCUGUGCAGAACAGAUAAGAAGGGCAAACUACAAUCUAAUCUGUUAUCUACAGCACCCUCGCUAAUUAUUGUGUAAAAAGCCUUAAUAUAAAUGAACCUUUAUCACUGUAGCAUAAUCUCACACUGCCCUUUAAUUUAAGUAUAUUUAAUAAAUAGAUAUGGUAAAAAAAAAAAUCCCACUUAAAACAAAUCUAUUUAACAAAAUCACGGGUGUCAACCUUAUUGUCUUGCCUGCUAUUGCUACUUUGUACCACUCCUAUUUUACCAAUAAGAAGAUCUUCUCUUGAAAAAUGUCACACUGUUUCAACAUAGAAAAGUUCAAUAAGGGUUCUCCAAAGGCUUGAUGUCGCCACAGUGGGAUGGCUUUGGAUGGAGAAGGAUUUUGUGACUGGCAAACAAUUUGUUUUGGCUUCUUGUGCUGCGGUAAUACGCAGCGAUGAGCCAUUUUCAGUUUUCCUUCAGAUCUUUUUGUAAAGCUCCAUGUUUUUUCAAAGAUCAGACAAUGCUGCACACUCUAACAAGAUUCCCGGAUCCUUUGAAAGAGAAACAGCCCACGAAAUAAUAAUCACUCCACCGUGCUUUAAUACUGGGCCACAUGUUUAUGAUGGAAUUACUGCAAGUGUUUUUGUCGCUAAAAGAAAACCUGUCAACGUCUCAUCUGACAGAAGCACGCUGUUCCACUUAAAUUCCAAACGGGUUUAAGGUUUUAAUCGUAGGAUAAAAAAAAUUCCUUGCUUUAAAAAGUGAAAUACAAAUGUAAAAAUGCUCCAGUUAAGUACGUUUUGUAAGGAUUGUUUGGAAUCGGUAAGAAAAUGUGUCCGUUUCCCUGAGUUUUCCUAAAUUCUUUGACUGUGAGAUUACUUUUAUGCUGUGAAAUAUUAAUUUAUUUUUUACAUGGUUUUCUUUAGGAGGGGUGCCAAAUGUGGGGUAAAUGGCACAGCCUAUAAAUAACUACUCGUUUGGAAGGACAAGACUUAAAAGCAUUAUCACUGAUUCAGGAUCCGCUUUUACAUCUCGUGCAGUUAAAGAAGCACCUGACUUCACAAAUUAAAAAAAGAACCAGUUGAUAAAAGGUCCUCUUAUCUGAACUUCUAGAGUUUUGAUAGAUUCUUCAUCUACAAUAAGACCGGUGAAAAUGAAUUAUACAAUCAGGAAAAAAAAGCUCAAUAGAAACUUUUAAUUUAGAGCUUAAAAGGGUAAUGCUGCUGGUGGCAGCUUGAAAGCAAGUCAACUGCAUGCCUUGCUUUAAGUUUACAGUUUGCUAAAGAGCCCGGUCCUAGCUUUUUUUUUUUUUUAUCAAAUGCUAAGCCAGAACUUAGUUGAUCAUCAAAAACAGAUGAAAACUGCGGUCCCUUUUUAAUCGUGUUUCCCUGUAAAGCCAUACGGUUUUGCUUAAUGUUAUACGGCUGGUUGCAUUUAGUCUGAUCUGCCACCUCCUGAUGACAAAUUCAAUGCGUCUUGGAAACUGCCUAUUUCAUGUUCUCUUUUUCAGCAAACGUAGGCUGUUUGUCUUUCUCGUGGCGCCGUGUGCCACAAAACUCCUGCUGAGAUAUGGGGAAUGGUACACUGCCUCUUUCAUUCAAAUGAGCAACUGUAAACUUUCAAAAUGUAGCAUAAACUACACUGUUCCUACCUGGUUCCUAAUUGACCAAAAAAAAAAAAAAAAAGAAGAUAGAAGAGAAAAACAGACAAAAAAAAAUACAUGUCAAAUGUCAGAAUUAGUCUAAGUUCUGCAGCUUUGAUGCGCACCCCACCUCGCAAAAAAGAUGACUUUGGAUUUGUUUUGAAGAAUCUGAAGAGCAAGCCUCAGAUGAUAAAUAACUUUGUGCUUUUUAAUGAGUCCGGGUGCCAGGGAGCACUCUGUUCUCAACGCCCCCGCCGCUGCGACCACAGGCGCCAGCUGCCACCAGCCGACACUAAACUCCUUUUAAAGUCAUUACUGAUUUAAAAGCAGCAGUACAGCUGGGGCUUUCUUGUUUACCCACCCAGCGACCACCCUGCUCUACACUGCUGCGGUGAUAUGAUUUCUUUUCAUUACGUUUCUGAUCGAUUGUUGCUGCUCCUCUUGUGUUUUUGCUCCCCUUUGGUAAGAAUCUGACUCAGUGCCUACCAAAAGAUAAAGAAAAAAAAAAAAAAGGAAAAAAAAAAGUCACGGGACCCUCUGUGCCAUCAGCUCUGCUUUCUCUCACAUGCACACAGGUACCUGCACACCCCGUCAUGCCAACAUGUACUGGCUCCAACAACCUCUCCUUCUCCUGGACGAGGCUAUUUUCUUUUCUAAGCUUCAGUCUAUUUUGCCACAAAGCUUUUCCUACGGACUGAGCGCAAUAACGCCCAUGUGAUUUAAAAAGACUUAAAGCCGUUCCUGCCCGGGGACAUUGGAAAUAUAUCACCA